AUGCCGGGCAUAAUCCAUGCACUAGAACCUGAGGUUCGAAGUAUGCUCAGAUCUCACAUUGCGAUGAUGUCUAUUACAUGUGCUAUAAAAGAAUUACUGCAGAACAGUGUAGACGCUGGCGCGACGAAAGUUGUGAUUUCGUUAAAUUUGUUCACUUGGAGCAUGUCAGUAGUGGAUAAUGGAUGUGGAAUAGCAAAACCAGACUUCCCAUAUAUAGGGUGCUUAAAUCACACCUCAAAAAUUACCAAGCUGGAAGACUUGGAAACUAUUUUCACAUAUGGGUUCAGAGGAGAGGCACUCUACAACAUACAAAAAGUCUCUAAGGUGCAAAUCAUAUCUAAAACCGCGAGCGCUGCCGAAUGCUGGUCAAGACUUGAAAAUGGUAGAAUUGAACUCACUGAUUCGAACAUGGUUCUCAAAGACCCAGGCACAAAGGUCAUUGUAAGAGACUUUUUCUACAACUUGCCCGUGAGGCGAAAAAUUCACAGAAAUAGGCAGGUAUCUGCUAUAUAUCAUGAUUUGAGGAACGCCGUAUUCGAAGUUUUAAUUAUGUUUCCGAAUUUGGAUAUAAAAGUCACCACAGCUGGCCAAAAGAACGUAUUCUCCACCUUCUUGCACUCUGUUCCCAAAGACUCAAGUAUUUGCAGAACUGAAAGAUUAGUUCAUCGUUUUAAUGAUGUAUUUGGAACAAAAAUCCAGACAGUUGACGUUACAAACGCUUCUGCCAACUACAAAGAAUACAGCGUUGAAGGAAUUAUAUCAACACUUUAUCUGCCCACAAAAGACUACCAGUUCAUUUUCAUUAAUGGUAGGCGCCUAAUUGAUCCAGAACUUCUUAGAUCAAUUGAUGCUGCUCUCACUGUUGCAAAAUUUAAUUGCAUGCAAAAUUUUACGAGUCGUCACUCUUUCUCGGAUGUAACAAGGCUUUGCGAAGGCAAUCCCGUUAUUAUAUUAAAUGCAAAAUGCCCCAGUGCUGUGACAGAUCUGUUACAAAGCUCUUCAAAAGAAGUCUUUUGCUCGGCCCAGGCCAAAAUUUUGAGCUCUCUCAUUCAUAAAAUUCUAAUUUGCUAUUUUGCAGCAGAAGAUAAAAAUCCCAUACAACCUGGGAAAGGUUUGUCGACCCAGAAUAAUUCGAUGAAUAGUAUCAUAUCAGAGACAUACCAAAUUCCUUCAAAGCACAGCUUUUCUGAGAGCUUGAUGCCUCAAAAACGCAUAAGAAGAUGCUUGAAUGGACUAAUAUCCCCAAAAUUGAAAAUCACAUUGAACUCAGCACUCCCUGUUAAGAAAAGUAAAGUCGAUAUACUAAACAGAGUUGGAAAAGCAAAAAGGAAUCUGCUGAAAACUAACUACGCGUCACUUGAGUUAAUUUCCAAGAUGCAACCCAGUACAUUAACGGAAAAGAAUAUCGUUCGGUUCAAUCCCUCUACCUUGAAAAUCGAAAGAGCACAGCUUUUCAAAGGUCGGGUUAUUAAUCAGAUCGAUAAGAAGUUUAUCCUGCUAAGAACUACAGAGACCCUUAUGGAAAAAAACUUUGUUUUAUUAUUAAUUGAUCAGCACGCUGCAGAUGAAAGAAUUAAAUUAGAAGAGAUGCUCAUAGAGUAUAUUUUCCAUUCUGUUGGAACCACCUCAACAUGCGGCAUCUCUUUCGAUAUCACCUUUGAGGUGGCCGAUUCAGACGGACAACUUUUUGAUAAGUAUAUGGGGCAAUUCCAAAUAUGGGGAAUAAGCUUAACUGUGAAAUAUAUUGGCAAGAAUAUGGCUACCAUUCAUGUAAAAUCUUUACCAAAGGAACUUGAGGAAAGGGCAAAAAGUCAGGAAGGUUUCGUCAAGCGGACGUUGUUGCAGCACCUGUAUGAACUUAUGACGUUGAAAAAGUCGCCUGUUGAGCAUCCGAAUCAUCAAGGAGAGAAUUUAGAAAGAGGGUCUUUCAAGUGGUGGAGAUACCUUAACUCAGUUCCAACGGCGUUACUGGAUACUUUGAAAUCUCGUGCUUGCCGCUCGGCAAUAAUGUUCGGUGACGAUUUAACACACGAUGAAUGUGUUUUAUUGGUAGCUUCACUAGCAAAAUGCCACAAGCCUUUUGAAUGUGCACAUGGUAGACCGUCAAUUAUUCCCCUCGCCGAAAUGAAAAAUGAUUGGAGUCCAUCUACUUCAUUAGAUUAUAGUGCUUACAAAGACUACAAUUUGGAUUCUUGA